GGAGCUCCUGCACCAGUGGGGGAAAAGUAGGGAAGCGAAUUAUAGCAAAACUUCUUCCACGACUAAUAGUCCGGAAUUCUUGAAAUUGAAAAAAGCACUCCAGCGGUUCUUGCAAGAGGAGUUAGGAGGCGGCAAAGUUUUCGUCAAAUCGGACCACUGGCGCGGAAGCGAAUUUGUGUGGGCGCCCUUCUCAUCUAGCGGUGUGUCCUCCGCCGGACCACCAGCACGAGCCAGCGAUUUGCUAAGCUUACCGCUUCUGCAGACAGUGGCGCUGGAUCUUGGAACCGAAAACGGAGCUGACGCGGACAUUCGCCACAAGCUGCUGUUCGAUGCGAAAACGCCCCACCAAAAUUCCGCAAACGUGCUCGAUGUAUCAAGUGCAAAAAUGUCUGGGUCUGGAAGAGUGCAUGUUUGUCAUGCUUGUCUGGCAUAACUCUCAAAUCUGUCAUGCACAUUACCCAAGAGCUGCAUUUUUCUGUCAUGCAGAAACGCAGAUUGUCAUGCAGAUUAAGCAACACCUAGAAGGUGAGAAACUUGUCAUGCUGAGCCAGCAUUUGUGGCCUCAUCAUGAGACGCCACCCAGCAUCACAAUUUUCCAGACGCAGACAUCUUUACAUUUGAUACGAUGCGCUAAGUUACAAGAGCGUCGUUGACCCGACAGGAUGUCGUCCUGCGUCCUCUGCGGAGUCGUGUGCGGGUCAAAAUCAAGAAGACGAAGACGCUCAAUUACCCGGCGUUGAGCCACAACUUAGCGGAGAUGAAGCAGAAGAGGAGCACCACGUCCAGAACUUGUGGAGUUUGGAUAAUCGCCGGCUCUUUGUCUUCAAGCGCGCGGCGCAAAUGUUGCGGGAAGCGGUUGCCGGGCUUCCGGGUGCAGCAUUUCCGACGUCCGUCAGAAGAGCGCUGGCGGACGAGAUCGAUCUGUAUGUGCCAGUGCGCGUGCAAAUCUACGGUCUGGGCCACGUGCGCAACCUAGAGAUGCAGAAACAGAAGUUCAGUACCAGAUCGGUAGGAAAGGACAUAAUACUCGUGAUGCGGGAAUGGUGCUCGAAGACGGGCGCUUUACUGCGAAAACAAGAGCAGGUAUUCGCGGGCGCUUUUCUAAGUCCCUACUUAUCGCGCAAAGACGAGCAGUUGCGACGACGAACACCCGCCAGUUACGACACGAGC